UUCCAGUCAUCAGAAGACAAUGUACCAAAUCUAUUUUAUUGUGCCAUUGGCUAAUGCAACUAGCAAAUCUACCAAUGUGAACCCUCCAUUUGUUUAGCAUUCCAAGAAAAUAAAAAUUAUUGAUUUCUUCCUUAUAAAAUAGGCCUCUUGCCAUCAGUAACAAUUUUCACAGGGAAGUCCCUCUUUGUCACCUCUAUUUUUACUAUCCAAUUCCUGAAUUAAUCUUCCCCAUUAUACCAAUGGAUGAACAAGCAAGAAUUUGUGAAAAUGCUGUUGACAUUGAUAGUAAUUUUCUUGGAUUAAGUUGCAAAGAUCACAAAAAAUCACCAAAUUUUCUCAUGAAUUUGAUGAAGUAUUCUUUGCUUGUUGGAGCUGAAAAGGCUUUACUGGUUCGAAAAUCACAAGAGCCAUUUUCAUGCUCCAGCUUAAGUUCAUGGACAGACGAAGAAACUGCUCGUGAAAAAAGGAGAAACAAAGGCAAAUCACCUCUUCAGGAUAAUAAAUCAUGUGCAAUUGAGUCAUGUAAAGAGCAUUUUGAUAUGCCAAAAGUGGUUAACUCUUAUCCUUCAGGAAGUUAUAACACUGAAUUAUCAUUCGGUUUCACUGCAUCUUUCACAGUAAUGAUGCUCAAACUAGUUGGAUUUCAAAUGAAUUUACUGGUAAGACUCUUCACAUUUCCCAUUUCUUUGAUGAACUAUUGGAUAAUGAUCUUGACCCUACCAUUUCAAACACUAACCUUAGCCAAAGAGCAAUUAAAGAAACAGCUGAUGAAUCUUGGCACGAAAUCUUGGUUAAGUUUGAUGUCAUUUGUAUUCAGCCAGAUUAAGGCACAAAAAUCUGUGUUGAAAUUGACAGUAAGGUUCUGUUGGGCUCUGUUCUGGGCAGUCUAUGUUUGUUUUUUGUUGGUUGGUUUGUUGGUAAUGGGAUUUGUGAUAAGUGGAGUUACAAUGAGACGUUUGGUGGAAGAACCAAUUGAGACAACAAAGUCAUUAAAUUUUGAUUACACAAAAACUAGCCCUGUUGCUUUUGUACCACUUGCAUCAUCUGCUGGUCUCUCUACUCCACUGAUCUCCAAACCAAAAAUUGUAGACCGGCCCAUACCUUAUAAUCACAAGUUGCAGCUUAUUGUUUCAUUAACCAUGCCUGAAUCUGAGUACAACAGGAAGCUUGGGAUUUUCCAGGUAAGGGUGGACUGCUUGUCAGCAGAUGGCAAAGUGACAGCAACCUCAAGCUAUCCAAGCAUGUUAAAAUUCAAAAGCCAACCAAUCCGAAUUGUUGAAACCGCGAUAAAAAGCAUCCCUCUUGUCACUGGUUUUCAAUCAGAAGUCCAGAAUCUGAAACUUGUCAUCAACGAUUUCACCGAAGGUUUCGAACCAACGGUAUGUUUUAAAGUUGUUCUUGAAAAAAGAGCUGAGUACCAACCAGAAGGCGCAGGUAUACCAGAAAUAUAUGCAGCAGCCUUACAUGUGGAAUCAGAGCUUCCUCAAAUAAAGAGAAUUAUAUGGCUUUGGAGAAGAACUGUUUUUGUUUGGAUUGGGAUUAUGUUAUUCUUAACUCAGCUAAGUUUCGCUUUGAUAUUUUGUCGGCCUGUGCUUUUACCAGGAAGAAGGCUAAUGACAGUUCUUGGAACUAAAAAGAAUGCCCAAAAGAACAAAAUUUCGUGGUAAUGGAUUCAGCAUAUCAGAUGAGAGAUUGAUUGAUAUUAUUAAUAUGUUGUUCAAGAAUUAAUGCUUUGAAUUAGCAUCUUCAUAUUUUGUUAGGCUUAUUGUUACCUCUCCUUGUAUUUCUUAUUGUCAAGAAUGAAUGACAAUGAGUAAUAAAAUUAUCACGACUUUAAUAGUUUAAACGAUGUGUGAAAUUUACACAAACCAGAGUCGGUAGAGAUUUUGCGUUAAAGUAAUCAAAACAAUUUUCAACGUUACUCAAAUGAAGUAUGCAUGUGAAAGUAUAUGUUUUCGCCCAAAAAUAAACAAAUAAAUGUUUCUCAUGCUUAACAAUUGUAUCAGACUUUAAUUAAAUAAAUAAAGGUACUAGAUCUCUAAUACUGUAAUUAACUUUUAGAUUAUUCAUUUUAUACAACUUGAGAAUAUUAGAGUGAAUAGAGAUUUUUUUGUUUUUUUGGGUGAAAGAAAAUUUUUAUUGAUCUCCAUCUGACAAAGAUAUUUACAAAUUUAUAUCCCUACUAUAACUAAUUGUAUUCUCCUUUUUCAUCCCUACUAGGUAGGUCUGUUCUAUAGUAUAUUAUCUAUACAAGAGAUUGAUCCAUUCUUUUUCUUUCCUAUUCUUCCUAUUAUCAACUAUCAGCUACAAUCUGUGUUUACUAUCCUCUUUGAUAUUCUUCAACAUCUUUGUUGCCAUUGGCACGGCCUGAUUCCAUAGAGCUUCAUUUGUGAAUAGAGAUUUUGUAUCCAAAUUUUACUGCGAUCGAUUAAAGUAAUUAUAUUAUGAAAAAUAAUUAGGUUUGCACGUGAACAUGCAUAUUGUUGGCCUUAAAUAAAAGAAAUAAAUAAAUAUUUUUCCUUUUUAACAUCUUAUUUUUUAGAGGGAAAUUCAAAAGCCUUCCGGUAAUAGCUAUUUCGUUUAU